UCCUGCUCUUACCAAGGGGCAUCACUCACUCUCUCACAAUUUCAGAAAAUUUUGUUUAUUUUAUAGUUUUAACUUGUAAUUUGCAAAUAUCUUGAUUAAUAUCAUCAUAUUAAUUUAAUUUUUUUGGUAGUGUUUGUGUGUUUGUGGGGUCAGAAAGUUGAGAAGCUGUUACUACCAAGAAGAGAGAGAUAGAAGAGUAAGAGGCAAAGUGAGUGAGUCCUAGGUAGUAGAUAAAAAUGUUGAUAACGGUCAGAGAACUUUCUUCUUCUUCUCUCCUUAGCUUCCAACUCAAUCCCAAAGCCACUCCAACUCCAAGGCUCAAGAAAUCAAUCUGCCGUGCCAGCUUCUCUGUUCAGAGAAAACCCAACACCACCAAAUCAUGGAACUUUGGCCUUCACUCCAACAGCUGUGAGGGCUCCGUAUUUGAUCCCUUGGGUAUUAAUUCAGAUGUACCUUCUGGUUUAAAUGCUGCCUGGGAAAGUUUUCUGUGCUUGUUUUCACAAACAUAUGAAAGUGCUUCUAGUGCAAAAAAGGAGAAACCUUCCUCUGCUCGAGGAGUAGCAGCUGCAAUAGAGGACAGUAACAUUGAUUUUGGGGACUUCUUCAAAGGUCCAUUACCAGGAAAGUUUCUCAAGCUCUUAGGUUAUCUAGCCUUAUCACGGCUUGGAAUAUACAUACCUCUUGGUGGGGUAAAUAGUGAGGCUUUUCUUGGAAAUUUGGAUCAGAACAGUUUAUUGAGCACUCUGGAUACAUUUUCUGGAGGAGGCAUUGGUAGACUUGGAAUAUGCUCUCUUGGUAUUGUUCCCUUCAUCAAUGCACAGAUUGUGUUCCAGCUUCUUACGCAAAUUUAUCCCAAGUUGCAAGAUCUUCAGAAAAGAGAAGGAGAAGCAGGAAGAAAGAAAAUUCUUCAGUAUACUCGAUAUGCUUCAGUUGGGUUUGCCAUUGUACAGGCAAUUGGCCAAGUACUCUACCUUCGGCCCUAUGUCAAUGACUUCAGUACGCAAUGGGUUCUUACUUCUGUUACCUUAUUGACUCUUGGCUCAGCAUUUACAACAUACAUAGGGGAGCGAAUUACGGACCUCAAACUUGGAAAUGGCACAUCCCUUUUGAUAUUCACAAGCAUUAUCUCCUACUUGCCUGCAUCUUUUGGUAGGACUGUUGCACAAGCAUUUCAGGAUGGUAACUACAUUGGACUCAUCGCAAUCAUUGUCUCCUUCUUCCUAUUGGUCCUCAGUAUUGUAUAUGUUCAGGAAGCAGAGAGGAAAAUUCCACUUAACUAUGCCUCGAGAUACACCAGUAAAAGUGGAGGGCUUCAAAAAUCUGCUUACCUACCCUUUAAGGUGAAUAGUUCUGGAGUGAUGCCAAUUAUAUUUUCUACCUCAUCAUUAGCUCUUCCUGCUACUCUAGCACGCUUUACUGGUUUAAAUGCACUGAAGAAUGCCGCAGUGGCCUUAAAUCCAGGGGGUUCUUUCUAUCUCCCCACGAACAUCCUUUUAAUAGCCUUCUUCAACUACUAUUAUACUUUCCUACAAUUGGACCCUGAUGAUGUGAGUGAACAGUUAAAGCGCCAAGGUGCAUCAAUUCCACUUGUGCGACCGGGUAAAAGUACAGCUGCAUUUAUUAAAACGGUUCUUAGUCGGAUAUCGGUUCUUGGUUCGGGCUUUUUGGCAAUACUGGCUGCUGGUCCUGCCUUGAUAGAACAAACCACACACCUGACUGCAUUUCGGGGAUUUGCUGGUACAUCUGUUCUCAUUCUUGUUGGCUGUGCAACAGACACUGCAAGAAAAGUUCAAGCAGAAAUAAUUUCCCAAAAGUACAAGAACAUAGAAUUUUAUGACAUUGACAAGUAUGGCCCAUAAAAGGAAUGAGAGGAUACAUCUGCAAAAGUUCUAACGCUAGCGAAUGGAUACAUCUGCAAGAGAGAUGAUAUGGUGAUACUUUGCCAUGUUAGAUUUGGUUCGGCAGUCCCUGUAUUUUCAUUGUUUUGAAUAUACGUAUCGAUUUACACUUGUACAUAGUGCUGCAGAACAGCCUACUAAUUGAUUUAUGGCCAGCUCUCUAGUCUCAACAUGUUAAGUUAUCACAAAUAAUUGGAAUAUUCAUUGUUUGCUCAUUGCUGACCAGUUUUGUGUCAAAGGAAACAGAAGUUGGGGAGAUAGCCUAGUUUGUCAAA